GGAGGUGAUUUCUUUUAAAUUGAAGGAGACAUGAGUUCUGAACAAUCUGAGGAAUUAUCCAGGGAUGAGAUGAGAAGGAGGCGGUUGGAAAGGUUACAGCGUCCUAACCAGUUAUCAGUUUCUGGUACUCAACCAUCAGCUCGCACUCCCUCCCCCUCCCCCUCUAAAGGAUCGCAAGUCACUGUAACCUCUCCCACUUCACCUUUAAAAGAUUCUUUAUCAAGCGAUAUUCUGGCCACACCCAGUUCUUCAGUUGAGCCAAUGGAAUUAUCUUCCUAUGACACACCCCCUACCUCACUUCAGUCAGCCCCGCCCCAUUCUCUGCUCUCUAGAGUAUUCAGAGUCUAUUACACACCUGUAAGUGUUGAUGAGAGAGAAAUAGUUGAACUGAAUUCUUUGAGAGGAAACAUCGAGAAUAACGGAGAUACAGCGUUUGUUGAUUAUUCUGAUUUGGUAUCUCAGCUAUUGAUGGAACGGCUUUUUCUGUUUCAUCAAGCCACACCUACUCAUGACCACGCCUCCUCUAAACGGAAGGAAAUGGUGUCUUAUUUAAUUGAAAGUUAUAACAGACUUAUACUUGAAGAUAGACACAUCAAGGAUAAAACUAGUCUAAGAGGAGAAGUCAUCUUUAUUUGUAAGGGGAUGAUCACUUCUUUCCUAUCGUCAGUUCUUUGUGGAAACUUUGACACGGACUCAAAAGACACUAACAACUCUGCCCUGAUGCCACACCUCCUGUGUCACCCCUCCAGUUGUAUGCCGUUGGACUUGUUGUCUGAGUUGGUUUUGUUUUGUCAUAACGAAGAACCUUCUGGAGAAACUUUGAAAAAGGUCUUUUCUCCAGUUCUGUCCUGUCUUCAUGAGACAGUGAAGAGGUAUACCCCACUCACCGAGGGAUGUCUAGUUCCUGUUUCAGUACUAGCCAGUUUAUGUGAAAUUAAAAUAGCCAAUGGAUCACUAAGACCCAUCUGUCAACUGGUUGUUAAUAAUGAAAGAUGGCUGCCUUUAGGUGAAUCCUCUAAAUCUGGUCGGAAAUUCCAAAAUGAAACUUUCCUCGGACCUUUUCUCUCUCUCUCGGGCUUUGUAGAAGACAGUGUUGAAGUCAAAAAUCAUUAUUUGUCUGAGAGUUUGUCGUCAGCACACGAGGCUCAUUCACUGGGCAUGGCUAUAGUCCAAACACUUAAUGCAUCAAGAGAAGAGAUGUUCAAGGUGAUUCAUUCUUUGCUUCGUUGUACGGAAACACGUGAUAGCACCUUGAACUAUUUGAGCCAGCUAUUGAUUGCUAAUUCAAAAAAGUCCCAGCUGCUGUCAGACAGGAGGCUAGUCUCAACUGAUGGAUUCAUGCUUAACCUCCUCCACAUAAUGCAGCAGCUGAACAACAAAGUUAAAACCAGCACUGUUGAUGCUCAGUAUGUUCUAAGAUCUGAUUGUAGAGUCCCUUUUACCCAAGAGACGAGAUUAGGCUGCUCUGAGAAACAACUGGAAGAAUGGAAAAGAGUAAAAGAAAUAAGCUCAAAACCAGUCAAGUUUCCUACUGAGUGUUUCUUCAUGACAGCUGAAUGUCACCACCUCUCUGUCUCCCCAGUCAUCAGGAGGUACAAGCAAGGGAUGAGGGACAUAAGGCAACUCUCACAGAUGAUUGAAGAGAGUCGGUUGCUACAGCGACCAGUUCCUGACAAAGCGAAGGAGCGUUACCAGGUAAUGGCUCGCUGGAAGUCAAACUGGGACUCUCUCGUGGCGGACAGAGAGUUCCUCCAUCAGUGCAGCCAUUACUACUCCACCUGUACCCAAUGGAUGAUCUCUUUACUCUCCUCUGAUAACGAUCCUUCUCUUCCAUUACCUAAGACUCCCCCUCAGACCUUUGCUGGGCUUCCAGAGUUCUUCCUUGAAGAUAUGACUGAUUUCUAUAUAUUCUGUUCUCAGUUUUCUCCUGCUGUUCUGGAUGAAUCUAGUUUUAUUCCAGUAACAGUCCUAACUGUGCUAUUGCUAGCUACUCCAAAGUAUAUCAACAAUCCUUACCUCACUGCUAAACUAGCUGAACUGAUAUUCCUCAAUACACCUGGUGUUCAGGACUAUAAUCACACUCUUUUUGAUCUAUUUCUCUCUCAUCCAUUAUCAACGUCAUCCCUUGCGUCCUCUUUAAUGAGACUCUACAUUGAUUGUGAGAAUAUGGGAGGUAGUAAUGAGUUUUAUGAUAAGUUUUCCGUCCGUUAUCAUCUCUCAGUAAUCCUGCGGCUCCUUUGGGAGAAUCCUGAACACAGAAGAACCUUUUUAUCGGAAAGCAGUAACAGUCGUGACGGCGCCCCCUUCGUGAGGUUCGUGAACAUGUUGAUUAAUGAUACCACGUUCCUCUUGGACGAGUCGUUGGACACUUUGAAGUCGAUCCAUGAGACCCAGGAGGCAAUGAAGGACGAGAGAGGGUGGGCCAGUCAACCUCAGUCCAUGCAGGAUUCAAGACUCCACCAGUUAGCUCAAGAUGAGAGGCAGUGUCGCUCUUAUCUCACUCUGGCUACUGAGACCCUCACCACAUUCCACUACCUCAGCAAAGAGAUUCAACAACCUUUCCUUAGACCUGAAAUGGUCGUACGUGUCAGCUCAAUGCUGAACUUUAACCUUCAGCAGCUGUGUGGUCCGAAAUGCAGCGGAUUAAAGGUCGAAGAGCCAGAGAAAUACAAUUUCUCUCCAAAGACACUCCUUGAUCUACUCACCGAUAUAUACCUCCAUCUUUCUGAUGGUGACGGGCUAGCUAGAGCCAUUGUAAUGGACGACAGAUCCUACAGAAAAGAACUGUUUGACCAGUGCAUUAGGAUACUAUAUAACAGGGGGAUCAAGAGUAAAGAGGCUAUUGAGAGGUUUCAAGCUUUUGUUCAAAAGGUUGAAGCAGAGGCAGUUGUGUGCAUGAGACAAGAGAUUGUCAUCUCUGAUGUACCCGAUGAAUUCAAAGACCCCAUUAUGGAUACUCUCAUGAAUGAUCCUGUACAGCUGCCUAGUGGAGUUAUUGUAGACCGUCCUGUUAUAGUGAGGCACCUCCUCAACUCGUCUCAGGAUCCGUUUAACAGGCAGAGACUCACGAUAGAUAUGCUCCAACCAGCGACGGAGCUUUUAGGAAGAAUUAACAAGUGGAAAGCUGACCGGGGUCUGAUUUAAGAUGAUAGAUAAAUAACGAUUAAAUUAUGAUUAUUUAUUCUGAUUAUUUUUCCUGCUUUAGCUCAUAAUAAUAACAAUAAUAUUAAGAAAAGUAAUCUAAUUUGUUUUUUGCAUAAA